AAUUUUCAGUGUCUGAGAGUCCCCCUCGCCCGUUGUCCCCACACUUCUCUGACUUUUCAACACCCAACACCUCCCUUCACCACACUCAAUAUGUCUAAGCCAGUUUUUGUGUUCGUGCCAGGAGCUUGGAAUACCCCGGAGUAUUACAAUGGUGUGAUCUCAAUUCUUCAGAAGGGUGAUUUUCAUUCGCGCAAAGUCGCACUUCCUUCGGUGGGCUGUAAUCCUGUCACCUACGACUUUGCAGAAGAUGUGCAGGCAAUAAAAGCUACACUGGAUGAAUUGGUUGAAGAAGGUAGUGAUGUUGUCCUAGUUCUUCAUUCAUACAGUGGUCAGCCUGGAGCUGAAGCUGUGAAGGGUCUUGCAGAGAAGGAUCGUGAAACCGAAGGCCUCCGAGGGGGUGUUAUUCGAUUGAUCUUCAUCAUGGCUUUCAUGGUUUCCGAGGGAUAUCAACCGGCUCCACGUGGAUCAACAGAAGGCAUGCGGGACUUCAUGAAAUGCGAUCUCGAGAACAACACCGUUACCGUGGAUCAGAAGGACGCAAAAGCGGUAUGGUUUCAUGACCUUCCUGAGAAGGAGGCCGAGUAUUGGGCAUCCAAAACGUUACCCCAGAGUCUUGGAGUGUUUUGGAGCAAGUCUACUUACGCUGGCUGGCGUGAUAUUCCCUCCACCUAUGUAGUCUGUACUGAUGAUCGAUCAUUUGGUGUACCCUUUGCAGAGUACCAGAUCAAUCUUGCCAAGAAAUCGGAUCACUGCAGUUUGGACAAUGUGGAAACUAUCGACGCUGGUCAUUUUCCAAUGCUCUCGCAGACUGGAAAGCUUGUAAAAGUCUUGGAACGCUCUGUUGGUGAUGCUGCUUAG